GGUCGUGUGCUUCACACUUUCCAUACGCCUUUGUUCCAACUUCCUACACUCUCUUCGAUACCCCAAGGGUGAAAAUACUAAAACCCGUUUAGAAUCCGCCAUUUUAUAACUUCUCUUUGUGCUAAAACCCAAAUCCAGAUAUUUUUCUCUGCAGUCUGCACUCCAUAACCCACCACUUUCUCAAGGUUUGCAGGCCUCAGUAGCCCUUGUUAAAGUUUCUGAUCGCUUCCUCUAUUCAUCAGAGAUGUCGCGGACGGUGGUUUUUACCUUUCUUUCCCUUCUUUUUCUGAUGGGUUUCAGCGAUGCAGGUCAAGAAUCAAUGGAAACAUUAAACAUUGUUGACCCUAUUCCCACUCUCCUUCUAACUUUGUCUCACAUUAAUGUCCCUGUUGCUGUGUCUGUGAGGGAAAGUGAGCUUUAUGAGGUUUCUUCUAGUGUUUUGAUGGCAGAAAACUGGGUCAGGGUCAAUGUUCUUUCCUACUUCCCUUUGACCAAAAUCACCACCAUUGUGGUGGGAAAUGAUGUCCUCUGCAGUAGAGAUCAUGAAGAGAAGUGGGGUUUGGUUCUACCAUCUCUGAAGAACAUUCACCACUCUCUCAUUAGAUGGGGUUUGGAGAAAGAAAUCAAGGUGUCCGCGUCCUUUUCUGGCGACUGCUUAAAUUCACAUUCAAACUCGUUUAGAGAGGACAUAGCCGCGAAGGUUAUAAAUCCUCUGUUAGGAUUUUUUAAAAACACCAACUCAACUUACUGUGUCUACCAGAAUCUAGAUUUCUCUCCCUCGUCGUCUGAAGCCAUAAACUUGGUCUCUGCUCAUUAUGAAUCCAUCAAGAAGCUUGGGUUGCUUGAACCUUUCCAAGUAUCUGGGUUCAAUGUGGUCCUUUGUACCCAAGAAAAACAGAAACCCAAGAGCAGGAAGCUCUCUUUCAUGAGUUCUAAUGUUGUAGAACCUUAUCCUGCGAGGCCGACCCCAUUACCACCAAUCCAUUCUUCCAUCGGUUUGCCUACCCCUGCAAAUGUGGCCAAAAGCCCUCUAUCCCCAUUGGCAGGGGUCACACCUCCACCAUCGAUGUCCUUAUCUUUCCCACCAGAUGGGUCUCCAGCGGUUCUCCCCUCGAACCCACCUGAUGCUCUCACAUUGCCCCCAUGUAGUGCUAUGGACAUGGGAGCACCAGCGCCGACGCCGGAAACCGGGGAGGAGAAGGGGCUUUGGUGUGUGUCAAAGCCUAGUGUUCCUGCAGAUACAUUACAGGAGGCCAUGAACUAUGCUUGUGGGGAAGGGGGUGCGGACUGUGACGAGAUUAAGCCUCAUGGAAGCUGUUAUAACCCAGAUACGGUUGUUGCCCAUGCAUCUUAUGCUUUCAAUAGCUAUUGGCAGAAGAACAAGAGAAAUGGAGGAACUUGCAGUUUUGGAGGGACAGCCAUGAUCAUUAAUGCGAACCCAAGUUUUCUGCAAUGUCGGUUCAUCCUGAGCUGAGAUGGGUCAUGGGAGACAUGUUUAGAAGAAUAUUUUUGCAGCAAUUCAUUGAUGGAAUGGAAGGUAGGAUGGUUGCUUUUCCUUUUCUUCUUUAUUCCUUGUAAUCUCCUUUUUAGGAUUUAGCAACCGUAACGUUUGGAAAUUUGCUUCCCACUGUUUGUUAAGAGCUUAAAAAGAUGUUCUAUUGUUAUCCACGAAAAGAGAAGUUGCUAAUGUCCCUGCGUAUAUACAUACUCAGGUAGACCUGUAGUCUGUGCUUGGAUUGUCUUUGUAGUUUUGUAUCAGCUUUGUUUUGAGAAACUCUUUGUAGUUGUGUUUGGAAAAUAAAAAAUGAUAGGGGAUUUCUGAUGCCAA